AUGGUUACUGAAUGCUGCAGGGCUGUUUCGAACAAUCAGGACAUGAUCGCCUUGUUACAAGAUCUACGACAACAGGUUUCGAGUAGUGGGCAGAAUCGCAUAGAUGAUCUGCUUGCAACCGUUGUCGAUGAUGUUGCUGAUGCUGCAGCGACCGUUGAGCAGCAUCCCCAUGACGAACGCCAGAAGCCAAAUGCCGAGGAAGAGCAAGGUGAGGCCAAGGUGAGUGCGGAUGCUGAUAGCUCUGCAAAUUUGGAGCUACUAGAUGAGGACCUCAUGCAGACAGAAGAAACCAGAGCCACUGGGCUCAUCCAGGAAGUUCCCGAAAUUCAUUCUUCGCAGAAGAAGAUGCAUGGUCUGGGUGCCUCAGAUCAACGUGGAGAGAGCUCUCGGGGUCCACAAGGCGAGGACGAUACAGCGAGUAAGAGACAUCCGGUAGCACCGUGGGAGAGAUGCAACUCUCAUCUUGCAUCCCUAAUCCCCAGCCAAGCGAAUUUUUACCUGGAUGACGAGGUAUUCGAAACAAAUCCUGCAGUCGACCCUCACGAAAUGCCGCCAUUUGAGACAGCGGAAAGACUCGUGCAAAUAUACAUGGAGAAUGUUCACGCUUCAUUUCCGAUCUUGCCAAAGAGAGUGUUUCGCAGUCGUUUUUAUCACUACUACACCUCGCUACGGCGCGGCAACCCAUAUAUAAUGGAUGGGAAGUGGCAAGCAACUUUGAACCUAGUCUUCGCAAUCGGGGCAGUGUACAGCCAUCUUGCCUUGGCUAAUCGGGGCUCAACCAAGAAAGAAAAUCUGGUAUAUCACUCUCGAGCGUUUUCAUUGAGCUCGGAAGAUCCAUGGUGGAUUUCUCAUCCAAGUUUUUCGCAAAUGCAGAUUACAGGGCUUCUGUCGUUCUACUACCUCAGCAUAGGGCAUAUCAACCGCUCUUGGACUCUCAUGGGUAUGGCAAUGCGUUCUGGGAUUGCAUUAGGUAUGCACAUACCCAAAGAGGGCCGCAAUACAGAUGCCUCCAAACAUGAAUUUAUGUUAGAAACCUGGUGGGCGCUCUGUGCGCUCGAACGACAAGUCUCAGCAUUGACCGGACGGCCGAGUCUUGCGAUUAGUGACCCUUGCUCGAUUCCGCAUCCCCUCCCCUUCUCACCUGAGGUUAUGGAAGGAUCGAUCAUCGAGCCCAGAGUCGGUGACAAAGAGAAGGAACCCGGACCAGGGGAAGCCGCGGUGCAUUUGGGUGCCAUGGAUUCGUCGGCUCGACACGAUCACUACUCUCACAGUGUUGGCUCAGGGCCGGCUAAUUCCGGCUCUUAUCUCCACAGUAUGGUCAAUCUUGGAGAGAUAACGCAAAGUGCGCUUGCUCUAUACAGUGCCAAGACCGCAAGCGGGCCUUGGGACAUGGUGCAAAGGAUGGUUGCCCGAGGAAAUCAUGAACUUGAUGCAUGGGCCUCAUCCCUCCCAGAGAAUUUCAACUUCCUUCAAAGGCCAAGCAUCACUGGAAAUCAGCACAGACGCGAGCAGAACACUCUUAAUAUCCUAUAUCAAAGCACGAAGAUCCUUAUCACGCGGCCUUGCCUCUGCCGACUCGACCGGCGAAAUUUGAACCAGUCAGCAAGCUCUAACGAUUUCAGCCAAACAGCGGCAUUGCUCUGUAUAGGUGCAGCAACAUCUAUAGCGAAUCUGUUGCCUGACGCCUUAGCAGACAACGUUGUCGAGCUAUACCAAACUGGACCAUGGUGGCAGAUAGUCCACGUAGUCACGCAAGCUUUGGUCGUCUUGCUCUUAGAAGUUGUGUACGAGUCAACGAACACACUCGAAAACUGCCAGGAAGUCAUUCCUUCGUUGAAGAAGCUCUUACGCUGGCUGCAUGUAAUGCGUGACGUAACGGACCUUACCAACGAAGAGGAAAUCACUAAACGAGUGGCUGCAGACCAGGUACAUCCCAUGCCAGCUCACGCCUACACUCAUUAUCCGGACAUACUCAAUCCUAUUCAUGAAAUACGAACCAGGCCACAACCGCUCCCGUUAGCAACCACAAACUACGCUGGACAACAGCAACAUCGUUCUACUCACAAUCCACACCCCUACCACCCCAAAUCUUCCCAGCACCAGAGCGCUCGACUCGAUUCUUUUGCUGAGAUCUUUCACUUGCCUCCUAGUCAUGACGAUCGCGACCCAGAGAUAGACGUCGAUGCCUUUAAGAGUCCUUCUCCUGCCAUUUCUGGAUCCAGCGAUGUCCAUUUUCCAGGGUGGCUCGUUACUAGCUUUGAUGAGCAGAACCCACUGUCCAGUUUCGACUUCGCGGGUGCAGGCCGUUAG